GGUAUUCAACAUGGCCGCGUAGUCAGUGUUGUGUGUGCUAGUUAUUGUGGAUUGAAUGGAUUAAUUCGUGAAUUAUGCCGAGAAAACGAAAUGGUGAGAUUCCAUUGCCCGACGGUUGGGAUUACGGACGGGACUAUGAUGGUAAAAUUUAUUUCAUCGACCACAUAUCAAAGAAAACUACGUGGAUUGACCCCAGAGACAGAUAUACCAAACCUCAAACUUUCGCCGAUUGUAUCGGAAAUGAAUUACCUUUAGGUUGGGAAGAAGCUUUCGAUGGCCAUAUUGGUCGGUACUACAUUGAUCACGUAAAUCAAGCAACGCAACUAGAAGACCCACGACAAGAAUGGAGGGCAAUACAAGAAGCCAUGUUAAGGGAAUACCUCAUAACCGCUCAAGAUGUUUUAGAAGCCAAAAAAGAUAUAUAUCAAGUCAAAUCUCAGAGACUUCUCUUAGCUCAGGAUGAAUAUAAUCACCUCAACAACGCCUUAACAAAUCUUAACACUUCCAGGACUAGUUUGUGUUCGUCGAGCAGUAGCGUUAGCACGAAGUACGAUCCUGACCUUUUAAAAUCCGAUGUAGCUUUAGCGAAAAACAGGGUGUCCAGAUUAAAAUCGGAAUUAGAACAAAUUAGGAACGAAAUGACGUAUACACAAAGAGGUGUAGAAACAUUAACGAAUGUGGAGCAAAAGCUUAGUAUGCAGCAGGGCGCCUGCUACAACAUAUCAGAAGCACAAGCUAUCAUGGCCGAACUUAGGAAUAUUCAAAAAUCCCUGUCUUCAGGAGAAAAGGAAAAGGCAGAUCUUAUGCAGUCUCUAGCCAAACUCAAAGAUGAUCUUACUAGGCUGCAGCUUUCGGAAAGUUCACCCGACAUAUCUACUCUCAGUUUACCUCAAGAGAAGCUCAGUACAGCUUCGCAAACUGAUCUGUCAUGUGAAUUGGUUCCGAUUGGUACUAGAUUGGCCGAAAUGGCCAAAAUGAGGCUAGAAUAUGACGAAGCCAGGAAACGUGUACAACAUAUUCAACAAAAGUUGGCCGAUCUCGAAGAAAAAGUACAACCUGGACAGUUAGAAUCUGAUAAAGAUAGACUUUUACUAUUCCAAGAAAAAGAACAGCUUUUACGUGAGUUAAGAAGUAUAACCCCGCGUAUGAGGUCAAAAGAGGAAAUGAGUGAUAUACAAUUAGAAUGUAAGAGAUUAGAAGAUGAUUUAAACAAAGCUUUAGAAAUUUCCAAUCGAGCCAUAGCUGAUCGAUUAAGGUUACAUGAAGAAAAACAACUUCUACUUCAACAAUUGAAAGAUGGUUUAAGGCAAAUGACGCAUUUAGAAUCCCAGUUAAAAACCCUAUCAGCCAGUACACUGUCUGUUAGUAGUAGUUCUAGUCUAGGUUCUUUAUCCACAACUAGUAGCAAAGGAUCUUUAAGUUCAGGAUUAAGUUUUACAGACAUUUAUGGCGGUCCCCAGUGUAUGAGUUCCAAUAAUAUGGAAAAACCCAUCGAUAUGGCAGAUUUACAUAAACGGGUUGAAAGACUAUUAAACAGCGAUAGUACAAACCUUAUUCCUUCGCCUAGUAGAUCACAACCUUCUUUAUCUCCUAGAAGUUCGCUUAGUUCAGUUUCACCCCCAGUAUCUCCAAUGUACGAGAAUCUCCCUAGUAUAGUGCCUCCCCCCACUUACGAUCAAGUGAAGAGGGAUAGGAAACUACAACUAGAUGAACGAUUAGUGGAACUAAGACUCUCUAACCCUUCAAUCGCGAGUGCUGGAAACAUGGAAUAUCAUCAAAGGAGCUCUUUUCCCAGUUUAUCUCCUCUAACAGAUCUAUUGGAAGCUCAAGCUAGCAAUAUGUCACAAGGCUCCGGUUUGGGAAGGCCGAGCCGAUAUUCCUACGAAAGCUCAGGAGAUCCACCUCUAUCCCCCAUCUCCGAAACCUCACCUGCAAUAGAUCACGACGAGAUGCUUCAAGGAGCCGCCUUAUCAAGGACGUCGUCCUCGGGAACGAACACUAGGUCGGUAUCGGCUGCAGUUAGUGACGAAUCUGUCGCGGGUGAUUCAGGAGUGUUCGAGGCUUCCAACAGGAAGAGGGCGUCGCUGGGUUUCGUCUCUGACGUGGACGUUGAAACCGCACAAGUACAAAUUAAACUUAAAUAUAGUACGACUGAAAGUAUGCUCAAUGUUACGAUAGAGAAAGCAAGGAAUUUGAGUGCCCUUUUGAUUCCGAAUAAUUCAGAAGUGUAUGUAAAAACUGCCUUGUUGCCUGCGGCAUCGUCACAUCCUUCAGUAUUUUGUACAAAAUAUGUGAAGGAUCUGAAGAAGGCAACGUUUGCUGAUGCCUUUAAUAUACCAGUACCUGCAAAUAAAUUAUUUACAAAAACUCUACAAGUCAACGUGUGGAAUAAAAUGUUGGAUCAACAAGAUAAGUGUGUGGGGUGCGCCCAAGUGAGUUUAGCGGAUUUCAAUAUCCAUAACGUUUCUUCAAAAUGGUACAACUUGCUAUCAUUACAAGAAGAAGUUUCGGCGAUAACCCACCUCAAACAGGAGUCUGAUGUUUCAGUUCGUGAGAGAUCAGAUGACAAACAUACCGGAAAAGAAGAAAGUUCCGACGACUCUACAAUCAUUUCUUCACAGACGUCAACUUUAACACGAAACCAAGAAACCGUCUUCCCCCCAACAAUUAAUCUCAAUUUCGAGGAACUCUAUGAUUGCUUCAAAAAUUCCGAGGAGUAUGAAUCUGAAGAUUCCGAUGAGGACUUAGAGGACGACGAAGAAGAGGAGUGUGAAGAGGAAGGAAUAACAGUGGAAUUUAGACCCAGUGAAAAAUUAGAUGUAGUUUUGGAACAUGGUAUCGAUGGAGAACCCGAGUAUUUCGAUAAACAGACAAAUACUGAGUGUACAUUCCAUCCAGAGCAAGCCAAACAGAUGAGGUUACAAGCCUCCAAGCAAGGCGCUGUCAUGGAUGAUAGGGGUGCUAUCAAAAGGUCACAAACCUUUUCGCCUAGCGCCCACGUAUCCAAGAACCAAUACAUCUGCAAACUAAACCGCAGUGACAGUGACAGCGCAAUGCCUUUGUACCGAAGAGGCGGCAAACCUUUCGAGAGGCACGCCGUAGAAAGGAGAUCGCUACGUUUCCGCCGCCCAUCGGGUUCGAUGGCGGCUCUAUCAACGCCAAAAACACACACCCACCAUCCGACAACGGCGAGGACGUCCAUAGAUCUGGAACUGGAUCUUCAAGCCCAACACACCCGUUUGGAUAAACUUAACUCCGAGUUGGGUAGACUGAGAGAGCUGAAAGAAAGACUGGAAGUGGCCAAAGAGCAAGGUGAUACAGAAUUGGCUGGUUACUUGCUGGAAGACCGGCAGUUCCAAAAUUUGAUCGCCCAGGCUGAAAGUUGCAAAGCAAACAAAACAGUAGAAGAAAAGAAAGUGGAGAAAAUGUUGAGGAAGGUAUCAAAGGAGAUUUAUAAGUUAAGAAAAUCGAAAGCAGGAAAUGGCAAACCUGACGUCAUAUCCUUCCAAGAAAAAAUGGCAUUCUUCACACGCUCCGACUCCAGUGUACCUUUCCUUCCAUCUCAGGAAGAGUGCCAUCAACCGAUUGCCACAACAACAGAAUGCCUUAAACGGUUAACUUGUGACGACAAACCAGUUAAUACGGUUAGUGAAGCUAAAGAAACUCCUUCAAGCAGUUCUGAUCAUGAAAAUGGUGGAUCGGAGAGGAGGUACAACUAUGUCGUUGACAGAGUACUAGGAGUUGAAGUUUAAUAUUUAUUAAAUAUGUAGAUAAAUUACUUAUUAAAAACCGGGUGAUAUUGGUAGAACAAACAUUGGAUAUUCUAAAAAAAAUGUGAUAUUUUAUAUAAGCGAACAAAAGUCUCUUAUUUUAAGUGACUGUAACCAUAUAAAACAUAUAAAUUAGGGAUUAUUAUAAUUAAUUAUUGUGCAUAAAAGGCAAAAGUGGUAGCUUUAGUAUUUCAAAACCAAGAAAUUAUUUAGUGGUUAACUACAAUUUGACAUUUUUACGUUUGACCGUACUGUUUUUUAUUUUGACGAAAGAGAUUUCGAUUUUAUAUUUGAGGAAAACUGCUUUUGCUGUUUACUCAUAUAGAUUUGACGAAUUGCGAAAUGAAAUUUGACAUUCAAUAUUAAGUAAGGGAAAAACUGUGAUAUCUAUUGUUGUUCAAUCAAUAUUACAACGGCAAUGUAUAUAUUCUGUAUAAAGUUGUAAAUUUGUUUAUUUAAGUGUUCCAUAAUCUCAAGGUGCCACAGAAUAGUUUGUAUUUUUUUUAUUGUAAGGAGGCAUCUUCUAUGAAGUGUUCUUAACAUAUAUGGUACGGUGUUUUUAAGACGUUGUAUGUGUUUUAUAGUUUAUUGAAGUUAAAAUCGGAUGUGCAGUGUUCUCUGUUGUUGAAUAAUAUUUUUUGAAAAUAACGAAAACGCACAAGUGUUAAACAGAAUACUUGAAUUAUGAUAAUCUUUAUUAUUAGACUGUUAAAAAACGAUUUAUAAAUAGUGAUAAUUAUAGGGUGAUAAUAUAACCCAAUAAUUUUUUGGAUCUGACUAUUAACCUACAUCUGAUUAUUUAUAUCUAGUAUUAAAUAAAUUGUUCUUUAUACGUCUUCUAAAAUUCUUAUAGCUUGUCAUUUCAUAUAAUAGAAUAAAAAUUAAACGAAUUUUGACAAAUUGUUCUAAACACACACGCCCAUUCCUUAUGACAAGUGACAGUGGAUAGAAAUGACAUAUGACACACUGUCAACGAUACAUCCAGAAAUGAAAAAUGUUCUGCAUAUUCGGUUAUAAUUUUUUGGGAACUUAACGAUUAUCAUUUAUGUUCUAGGAUAAGCCGCCAAGGACGGCGCAUUUCUAGGAGUGUCUGAGUAUAUUGUAGAUCCUUUUGUUGUCAGCUACUGAUUGCAGCUGGUAUGCCCU